UCCAAAUCAGCAUUGUUUGCCCCAUUGCAGGCAACAGGGCCAAAUAGAUAUCUUUCAUCUUUGUGUGUUAUUUUCUUUCCUACAAUUGCCCUUACGAUUGUCGCCACUCUCAGAACCUCAAGAAUUGGAGAUUUCGGGUUGGCGACAAAAACAAUCGCUGUGGGGCCAUCACCAACUCUCACACAUCACAGCGACGCUCAACCCUAGGUCAUCAACUUGACUCUCGCAGUACUGCAAUUGGCUGGCUCUCACAUCCCCCAGCUAUGCGCCUCCGCAGCACCCGGGGCGUGAGAAAGCGCUAUGUGGAAGAACCUAUUGUCUUUGACGACGACGACGACGAAGAGACCAUCACUGUGCCAGAGGACAAGUCCAAAGAUGACGACUUCGAGGCAGAGCCAGAUGGAGCACAGGCUGAGGACGAUGACGACAAGGAGGAAGACGGCGAGCUCAUGAGCGAGGAUGAGGAAGUGUCAGGCAGUGCGAAAGUCCCGCAACCGCAAGAAGACCCCAGCCAGUCCAAGAGGCAGCGAAAUACCGGGGCUGGCAUGAUCCAAAGCCGCAAGGGCUUCCACGACAUUCCCCAUUACCCUCUCGAGACACGCAUCGUCACGCGCGUCUACGCAGGACCACUGCGCCGCUAUGCCCGCUACAGCGCCCUCCGCGAUGCCAUGUAUGGCCCGGAGUACGAGCGGAUCAAGGUCAUCUGGGACCUCGAGAUCCGCUGGUCAGAGUUCCCCGUGCUGCCCCCGCGGUUCCCUCCCGAAGACCAGCAGGGCGUCAUACCGAGCCCCUGGUUACCCCGCGGCUUCGAGCGCGGUCAGGAGAAGCGGGCGCUCGCCUGGUACGACGACUUCCAGGUCAGCGCUCCCGAGAUCCAGCAGUCUCGUGUUCUUUCUCCCGACGAUGGCCGGCGGUUCGUUCCCCAGGCAGAGGGGGAUAUCAUCACCCUCGUGGGACCAUGGAACAGGCAGAAAGAGGUCAGGCUCAGCCAAGGUGGCAGCGUGUCAGUCUCACCAACAGGUCUCCCGGUCAAUCACCCUGACGCCCCCAACAAGACGCCAAACGGUUGGAUGCUGGAUACCGGAGGCAUACCCCUGGCCGUAUCAUGGGCACCAUUGUCUCGGCAAGACAUCCAGGUCCUCGCUGUGGCAACGGUCCCAUUUUCUGACCAGCAACCGGCCGGCGGGGAUGGUCCGAGGGAGGACGCGACUGACAAAACUGCAGGGUGCGUCCAGCUGUGGGAAUUCAUCCCCGGUGAAAGGCGCCAGGGCCAACUACCCUCUCCCUCCGCCCAACUCCCGCGGUUACUUAGCGUCAAAUGCUUCAACUGGGGCCGGCCGAAACGGCUUCAGUUCUGCCCAGUCGCUCUCGACUCUUCCGGUCUGUACGGGCUGCUGGCCCUCCUGACCGACGACGGAACCGCUCGCGUCAUCGACACUAAGGUUGUCGAGAACGAGGACACCCCCCUCUACGAAUGGAUCGAGACUCCCGUCGUGGCUCUUGUCCUUGCCGAAGACUACAACGUCACCGUCACCUGCCUAACCUGGGUGAACAUGAACCGGAUCGCCCUAGGCCACUCCGACGGCUCCAUCACCCUGUGGUCCAUUUACCCGCGCCAGCUGCUGCAGCGCGUAGGCGCCCACACAACCUACGUUAUCGAUAUCUGCUCGGCGUACCCUUCGAACCCAUACCUCGUCGCAUCCAUCCCGGUCGGCGGCUGCGCGACACUCACGGACCUGUCCCAGCCGAGCUCCGAAAUGACGUAUUUCCCGGUUCCAGCCAUCAGCUUCCAGCCGAACUUGCUGUGCUGGAACGAGCCGAUGCAGGGCUUCAUGGCCCUCUACCCGUCGUCCACGCCCAACACGACCAUCGCCUUCCUGCACCAUCGCUACUUCUGCCAAGCACGCAGCAUCACCACCGGCCCGAACACCCUCACCUGUGUCUCAGCAGGGGCAACGCAUCCCUUCAUCCUGGUGGGUUGCGCAGACGGCUCUGUUUUUGGGUGCAACGCACUGCAAAAACUUUUUAAGCAAAAGGGCGAGCCUCUGCGCAAGCUCAAGGUCUUUGAGCACGAGUACAGACCCACUGAUUCUUUCAAACAACCUAAUGCGGCCGGGAUGUCCGGGCUGAGAGGUGCGGCGAGGAUUUUGCAGGGAUUUCUGCCUGAAGAAAACGACGACCCGAGGACGGAGAAGCGAAAAGAAAUGGACAGGAAGAAGCGGGAGGCCAAGAAGAAGAAGAAGAAGGCCGGGAAGAGGAAGAGUAGAGCGGGUGACGAGGCCGAGACCGAGGACCGCGAGGCUGAGCUCGACGAGAAACUCGCGUCUCGGGUGGUCAUUCACGAGCCGCUGACGCGCUUGACGACGAUCCAGUGGAAUCCCAACGUGCAGUUCAGCUGCUGGGCUGCAUGUGCAAUGGCUUCUGGGCUGAUCAAAGUCAUGGACUUGGGGGUGGAAUGAUUGGAUCCCCGCAGUGCAUCAUCCUGUCGCGACCUGGCCAGCGUAAUCAGCCGCCUGAGUUGUGUGUUCCGGCAUUCAUCACGAAGCGUCGAGCGACUGCGACC